AUGAAGCUGGGGUGUUCUCGGUUUCUUUUUUCUUGCCAUGUUCUUCUCUGCCUUUCUGCGAUUUGGGUGCUGGCCACGGCCGAUGUACCGGCAGCCCACUGUCCCGGCUGCCAGGCCAAGUGCGGCGAAGUCGACAUCCCGUUCCCGUUCGGCAUCGGCAAGCAGUGCGCGUUCCACAACGGCUUUAACCUCAACUGCACGAGCAUCAACGGCGCCAUAAAACCUUUUAGCGGGAAUUUUGAGGUGACCAAGAUCUCCGUGCCAGACGGCAAGGCCUGGAUGAACACCACGACGAUCUCGUGGCAGUGCUAUUCCGAAUCCACUGGCGGUAUGACCUACUACAAUGGAGUGGCGGACUUCACCCGCACACCUUUCUGGAUAUCAGAAGUGGACAACAAGAUCUUUGUCAUCGGGUGUAAUACUCUCGCUUAUAUGAUGGGUUCUUCUUAUUUAAUAGGUUGCAAGUCAACGUGCGACGACACCUUGAUGGAUGGCACAUGCUCCGGCGCCGGCUGCUGCCAAGUUGAUGUCCCGACAGGCGUACGGUUUUAUAAUGGUAAUUUCGACCAAAGCUACAACACCACGGAAAUAUGGCAUUACAGCCGUUGCAGCUACAUGGUAUUGAUGGAAAAGGAGGCUUUCAACUUCCGCACUAGCUAUGUCGAAUCCACGGUGUUUUAUGAUGUAUACAAUGGGACAGUUCCACUCGUGCUGAACUGGCGGGCAGGACCGCUGAGUUGCGACGAAGCUCAGAAGAACAUGAGCUCCUAUGCAUGCGUCAGCGACCACAGCGCGUGUGUAAACACCACCGGCGACAAGCCAGGUUACCGCUGCAGGUGCUCCGAUGGAUACGAAGGCAACCCUUAUAUCCAGAACGGAUGCCAAGAUAUUGACGAGUGCCUUCAAAAUGCUACUAUCUGCGGCUCUGGAAUGUGUGAGAACACGGCAGGGCAUUACACCUGCUCAUGUCGACGUGGAAAAAAUUGGACUAAUGGCAAUUUUUUGAACCGAAGACUAAUGGCAAUUGUCAAUCCCGUUUUAGGUACAACUGUUGGACUAGUCGCCUUAGUGACUGCUUUAGCAUCUGCAUGCAUGAUCCAAGAGAGAAGAAAGCUACAGAAGAUGAAACGAGACUACUUUCGGCAGCAUGGUGGUCUGAUAUUAUUUGAUGAGAUGAGGUCAAAGCAAGGUAUUUCAUUCAAAAUUUUCACGGAAGAAGAACUACAGGAAGCCACGAACAGGUUUAGUGAGCAACAAGUACUGGGUCAAGGGGGCUAUGGGACUGUGUACAAGGGGAUUCUUGAGGGCAACGUGGAAGUAGCGGUGAAGAGAUGCAAGACCGCCGACGAGCAACAAAAGAAAGAAUUUGGUAAAGAGAUGCUAAUCUUAUCUGAAGUCAACCAUAGAAACAUUGUGAAGCUCCUUGGGUGUUGCCUCGAAGUGGAAGUCCCCAUGCUAGUAUAUGAGUUCGUCCCAAAUGGCACCCUCUUCCAGCUCAUACACGGUAACCAUGGCCUACGUAUCUCCUUGGCUACUCGCUUGGGGAUCGCCCACGAGUCGGCCGAUGCGCUCUCCUAUCUUCACUCAUCGGCUUCAAUACCGAUCCUCCAUGGUGAUGUCAAGUCCUCCAAUAUUCUUCUUGAUAGGGACAACAAAGCCAAAGUAGCUGACUUUGGUGCCUCCAUCCUGGCACCAAUUGAUAAGUCACAAUUCAUCACACUUGUACAUGGUACUUGCGGGUAUCUCGACCCGGAGUACAUGCAAACCAACCUGCUGACAGACAAGAGUGACGUAUACAGCUUUGGGGUUGUUCUUUUGGAGCUACUCACGGGCAAGUUACCUUUUAAUUUCAAUCCGGAUGUCCUUGUCCAUGAAAAGAGCCUAGCGAUGAUGUUUAUGUAUGCCAUGAAGGAGAAUAAGCUCGAGCAAAUCUUGGAUGUUGAGCUCAAGGACGGGGAUAACACAGAGAUUCUUGAAGAGAUUGCGGAGCUAGCGAUGCGUUGCUUAGAGAUGUGUGGUGACAAUAGGCCAUCGAUGAAGGAAGUUGCUGAAAAGCUUGAUAGUCUGAGGAAGGUGAUGCAACAUCCAUGGGUGCAGCGGAACCCUCAAGAGAUGGAAUGCCUACUUGCGGAGCCCUCAUCGGUGGUCAGCUCGACAAUAACCAGUGCUGAAUAUUUCAGCAUCGAGAAAGAAGCUGUUAAUAGUCUGUAGUCAGGUCGUUAAGUAAUCACGCCAUCGCUUUGCUUUGUUUAUUUUGUAUUCGAAAGCAAGAAAUCAGUAGCAUCAAAAAUAGAAUAAACAGUCAAUUGUUAUAGGUACCUUUAUGUUACUGUUCAUUUUGCCAAUUAUACAUAUACAAAUUU